UUUUCUGAGUAGACAUUGACUUUGACAUUCAUUUUCAAGUUGAACGAAUGAAAUAAAGUCACGUUAACUUGUUAUUUUAAUAAAUAUAAGUAUGUGAACGAUAUAAACAAUUUUAAUAAUGAAAAAUACUCUAAUAAUUUUCACAUUAAUUUGGCGCAUUUCUUCGCAAAAUGACAUUAGAGGAUUUGAUGAUUCGAUUAUUUACAAUAUAAAUUGGCCAGGAGGAUUAAUUUCCGAAGACGAACAAUUACCAGGGGGAGAAUCUAUAAUCGUAACAUCAGCACAUCAGGAAAAGUAUAAAUGCACGUUACCUACGACUGCCGAAGAAGAAGCAGAGUUGGAAGAAAAAUAUGACGGUCCUACAGCUUUAGAAAUCCUAUCACCGUUGUUUUCACCUAAUACCCCGUGUUCUUUUAGAUUAGAAUCUUAUUGGACAUACCAGGUUUGUCAUGGUAGAAAAGUUCGUCAGUACCAUGAAGAUAGAGAUGGGAAGACGACAAGGGUUCAUGAGUACAUACUUGGUAAAUGGGACAGUAAUUAUUACGAAAUCUUACUUGAGAGGGCAAAAUCGGAAGAUUAUGAUAAAAAUACGGAACCUCCUGUGAAAAAAGUCGAUAAUGUGAAUUUACCGUACUACGAAGUCAUUUUGGAAAAUGGAACGGAAUGUAGUAUAAACAACAAUAAACCCCGUAUAACCAAAGUUCUUUAUGUGUGUUAUAUUCACGGUAAACACGAGAUUUACUCCGUGGAUGAACCACAAACGUGUGUAUACGAAAUUAUAAUUUUAUCGCCUCUGGUUUGUGCCCAUCCGAGAUAUAAACCCAAGGAUUCCGAAGAAAAUAAAAUAAAUUGCGUCCCCAUCGAUGGUAGCUAUAAAAUGCCUUAUAGCUUAGCGAAACUUAUGCACGAUUCUAAUUUAUUGAGAAAAAAAUCGGAUUUGGAUAGAUUUAAAGUCGAAUUAAUCAAAAUUGAAAAGGAAACUGUGUCUAAUGAGGAACCCAAACCAAUAGAUAGCGCUCCCGUAGAGGAUUUCCUUAGGGGAAAGAAUUGUUUGAGCGGCGGUACUGGUUGGUGGAAAUUUGAGUUCUGUUACGGGAGAUCCGUCGAGCAAUAUCACGUGGAAUCAGAUGGUAGGCGGAUAUCCAUUAACUUGGGUGUGUUUAAUAGGAAAGCCCAUCUGGAUUGGAUCGCGGAGAAUCCGCAUAAAAGGCCGAAACCUGUAUUGGAGAGGAAACAGUUGUCACAUUUAUAUUCCAGUGGAUCAGUUUGCGAGAAAACCGGUAAACACAGACAAACCGAAGUGAAAUUGAAGUGUCUACAGAAUCCGAGUAGUCCUAACGCGGUUUCUUUGUAUCUACUGGAGCCUAAAGUUUGUCAAUACAUUUUAGGCGUGGAGUCACCGUUGAUUUGUGAUAUUUUAUCCAGGGCUGAUGAAAACGGUUUGGUAGAAAUAAGGGAAACUGAAUUUGAGGAGACUGAUACUACUACAACAGUUAAUAUAGAAUUAUGAGUGCAAUUGUGAGUUUUUUUUAUUCGAAACACUAGUAAAGUAUAAAAUUAGAUCUAUAAGUAUGCAAAAAUUCAUUAUAAUAUACAAUACAAUGUGUAUUUCGGAAUUUAUUUAAUAAAAUGAUAUAAAUUUGAUCUAAAA